AUGCUAUCGCAUCCUUCAUCACUCGUUCAAAGGCCCAAGGUUACCUUCCUAGGUCUUCCAUUGGAGCUACGCCAGCAAAUCUACCAUGAAUACUUCAAAGUCGAUGGCGGUUAUGUCUACGAUGGCGACUCCGACAAACUGGUUCAGGCUGAUGGCCAGCCUAUCAGCAUGUCCCUACGCUAUGCUUGCCGAUCUGUUGCUGAAGAAACAAAGUCAAUCCCGUUCAAGCUCAAUUCCAUCACCUUCUCGACCCUUUAUCGCAAAGACCUUCAGCAUCAAGCGGCAAUACACAGUAACCUCAUUCGGUUCCAUACCGUGUUACUAUCUGCCCUUCUACUACGAAUGAGACGUUGUGUCACUCCUGAAAUGUUUGACCAAGUCGAUGAGAUAGCUCCACAAUACUUGGGCUGUAUCAAGGAGCUGAUCAGCGUCUACCUCCGAUCCGAUGGAGACCCUAGGUUUCCCCCAGAAGAUUUCCGGGCUGUUGCGGCCUUCGACAACGAAGCAACUCUCACUGGAGCAAAUUUGAGUUGGUAUGAUAGUACUGUUGGAUUCCAACGCGCCAUUGUUUGCAUCCUCCGCCAAGUCAAUUUGAAGAACGCAGCCGAUAUCGCGGAAGCUAUCAAUGAGGUUUUGCCAGGGUGGUCAGACUCAUUCUCACCAGAGGAACUUUUCAACCUGACGUUCGAUCAUUGGGACAUUCCCUCGCUUUUCUGCCUCAGAGAAGCCGCAGAGCGUCUACAACGACACCGCUUCUUGGAAAGCUUAGGUAACUGGCACCGAGUCCAAGACAAUGACUCGGGAUUCUUAGAUGCGAGGUAUAAGGGGCCGAGGUACAGAUAUCGCCGAAAAUACUGGUUCUCGGCAACAGCUGUCGCUAUCAGAUUUCUCAAGCGUUUAUCAUCAGCUCAACGCGGAUAUUUACACAAGCUGGUACUAAACGAAGACAGGAUCUCAGUUGGGUUUCCCGAGUCCCACGCGAUGGGGAUGAUUCCCUUUUGCAAGGAGAACCCUAAGUUGCAUCUUGAACAACGCGUUGAUGUCUGGAACAAUCUCGUGAUGAGUUCCGAGAGACCAACAGCCUACAGGCUAAUCAACAUGUACUUUGAACGAAGCGAGCCAGAAGCCGGAGAAUUCUACUCCAUAGACCAUAUCGAUGGACCAGAUCAGGACUCCUACUUCACCAACUGGGUUGUUCAUGGAUUAGAGGUUGUAAAGGCAGGGAUGCCUGCGGGAUCUUGGUCCGUUGUAUUCGACGGAGAUCCUGACCUCAAUCUCGCUACCGACCUUUUCACCACGCUUCUCAAACGGACUAUUGUUUGGCAUAGCUUUUACAGCGAUUGCGUUUCUUUAGGUCUUUUCACAAACCAAAUCCAUCCUGACUACCCAUUUACCACUGUCACAUCAGACGGGAGAGCUCCUGAGCGCAAGAGAGGUUCAAUCUUCCAAUGCAACUUCAAUCUUGAUCGACCAUGGAACCUGGACAAGAUAACCGCCGAUCACGACAUACACAAUGAUAAACAUGAAGGGAACUUGAGUUUCUGGCUGAGUGCCGUGGAUUGGACGUCUGAACCUAUAGAUUUUCGCAUCUCAAGCCCAACGGUGGAUAUUAGAAAGCUACGCCUUGUCUGCUUUGAGCGGGAAAGGAUCUCGGACGAUUGA